AUGGGUCGAAAGAAGUUUGAUGCUGUUCAUAGGUAUUUUUCAUAUGAUCCAAAUACACAAAUAAGUAAAUGUGAACUUUGUGGACGUGACUUGAAGGGUUGCCAUUCCUCCAACUUGAAAAAUCAUAUGGUAGCACAUCACCCUGAAGAUUUUGCUGUCGUGAAAGCAUUGAAUGUAAGCAUACGAAAAGAUAAUGGUGAGACCAGCAAUACCGCCACUACUACUCAAUGUAGUCCUAAAGAUUGCAAAACCGAGAAUGGUUCGGAAAAUAGUGAAGAUGGCGCGGAGUGGCUGGAUAGUGAAUUCGUCAGUUGUCAAAAUACCGCCGAUAAGCCAACUUCUUCGCAAACAGAUGACCACGGUGUUGACACUCCUGUGCAACAUCAACACACAGUAUCAGCACCAAAAAAAUUUAAAAACAAUAACAGUUGUUCCCUGAAUGUCAGUGGAUCAAAUAGAGAUAGUAUGAUGGAGAGCAAUAUGUUAUUUGGAAAAUUUAUUGCUGCUGAGCUUGGGAGAUUUCAAGGAAAAGAACGGUACAUAGUCAUGCAGAAAAUUAUGAGGAUAUUGAUGGAGUAAAAGCAAAUGUCGUAAUUUGAUUAAUAGAACUGUACUAUACUUUAAGCGGUAUUAUAUUAUUUGUGCUCUUAGUAUAAAACUAAAUGUAUAAAUGAAGAUUCUGAUAGCGUGAAAAGUUGAAUUGAAAUUUCAAGUAUUUCAUCAAAUAUAUUUUUUAAAUAAAAAAAGUAUCGUUUUAGACAUUAAUUCGGGAAAAAAUGUAACCACUACAUAUAUAAUACAUAUGUAUAAAAUUCAGCUUAGAAUCUCGAUUAACUCCAAUAGUAUCAGGAAUGACGAUUUUUAAGGCAUACCAAUUAAAAAUACUUACCAAUUUUAAAAAACAUUUAUUUUCGGAAUGUACGAUAAAAAACGUGGUGCAUUUAAUAGUGAGAUUACAUCCCCAUAAACAAUGCCUUGUUAAAUAAAAAAUAACAAUACAGACAACACUCUACGGCAAAAGCAAAAAUAUCCUUUGAAGUUGAACAUUUUAGGUACCCAGGUACGAUGACAUCACUUGUAAUCAUGUAUC